AUGGCUUCUCAAGUACUGCCAGCGGCCGCCGUGAUUCCUGGCAUCAGAUUGCCCCCAAAAUCAAUAUACCCAGAUGCCGUUCCAAGUAGUGAUGUCCCUGUGGUCAAGCUUGAGCGUAUAGGCAAGAUUCCUGCUGUUAUUUCCCAACGAGCAUGUCAUUUACUAUUGAACAAGAUCACUGGUGAAAUCGUCGCCAUAAAGAUGCUGGAUUUGGAUUCGGACGAUGAUGACAUAUCCGACGUCCAAAAGGAAAUCACGUUAUUGUCCACUUGUGAAUCGGAACAUAUUACUCGCUACCAUGGUUCUUAUCUCGUCGGCACUCGCUUAUGGGUCAUCAUGGAUUAUGCUGCUGGUGGCUCCAUGAGGAGUCUGCUGAAAUCUGGUGUUAUUGAUGAAGUCAAAAUCUCAGUCAUCGCACGUGAAGUUUUAUUGGCUCUGGUUUAUCUUCACAAGUCACCGGGUAUCAUACAUCGAGACAUCAAAGCUGCAAACAUAUUGCUGACUGAAGAUGGACACGUCAAACUAUGUGAUUUCGGUGUUGCUGGCCAAAUCACAAUGACCAGUGUUAGACGAAACUCAUUCGUCGGAACACCAUAUUGGAUGGCUCCUGAAAUCAUAAAGAGAUCUCAAUAUGACUUCAAGGCUGAUAUAUGGUCACUUGGAAUCACCGUCAUCGAGUUGGCUACAGGAAACCCUCCAUUUGCUGAGCUAGAUCCUAGACGUGCCAUAUUUAUGAUUCCACGAUCCAAGCCUCCAAAAUUGGAUGGUCGAUUCUCUGUUGCCAUGAAGGAAUUCAUAUCACUUUGUCUCAAGGAAGAACCGGAGGAGAGACCGGCUGCUGAGGAGCUACUCAAAUGCAGGUUCAUUCGAAGUGCUCCUAGAGGAACCGCCAUACUGCAAGAGUUGAUUGCUAGGCAUGAGGCAUGGAGAGAAUCAGUAGAUCACGCCAACGAAGAGAAUGACGCUCCAGGGGAAGCGGGAGAGAGUGAUGAAGAAACAGACGAAGUCGACGAAUGGGUGUUUGAGACACUGAAGGCUUCUGGUGAUUCAGGAGCUGUAGCUGCUGCAGCUGCGGCUAGUAGACGACUAUCUCAUCUGCCGAAAGAUGACGAGGAAGACUUUGGAACAGUAAAACAGCCAAAGAGUCAACGGUCCUCUUUCGAUAGGGAACCGGCCAAAACAUUAUUGGAUAUAGAUGAUGUGGGAACCGUGAGACAAAAAUCUGCAACGGCCACCCCGAUAUCUGUUGCUGCAACUCCGACACCAUCUAGGCCGGCGAGUACAGUAAUAGCCAGUCUAUCCACAUCACCACCGCCGCAAAGCAUCCCAUCUAAAGCGCCAUCUGUGAUGGGCAGUACGAAUGCCGGUCCCAAUAAUAAAGCAAAAGAGGGAGAACCUGCCAAGAUAUCACCACCACAGACUCCACAGCAAUCUCUAGCCGUUAGCGGAACACCUCCCAGGCAGCCUAGUCCACGGUCGUCAACGACUAGUCCACCUACAUCCACUCAACCGUCCGCUAUAGUAGCUGGUCCCACAGUAAAGCCGAGUGCUCCAACUGCACCUCGUCACUCACCAUCCAGAUCCACGUCUGGACCUAUAAGUAUUGCUACUAGUUCGAGUCCACCACGAGGAGAUGCUUCACUUUCAAAAUCACCAACGUCAGCAUCAACCAUGACUAGAACAUUAGCACCAUCUGCAUCGUCAUCAGCACCAUCAGCGCAACCGCAAAGUAGUACUACCCCAACACCACAUAGACCACCAGUAUCAUCACGCUCGCCAGCCUUUUUAGCGGAUUCUGCUCAUAAAACAGCUUUAUCGCCAGUGCCGAGUGCAAUGUCAUCACCCACCCCAUCACUUCCCACCACGUUGCCAUUCACUGUCGCAACAUCUGCUGUCGUUGGCAGUAGUGUUGGUAGUAUUCUAGUCGUGAAUCAAACUCCAUUGUCACCAACAAUUACAACACCAACACCAACCGCAACAAGUUUCGAGUCGAGCAUAUCGUCAUCGGACAAAGCUGAUAAAUCAAUAGAUAAAUCUAGUAAGUCAAAGACAAGUCCGCCAUCAUCAACGAAACCAUUGCAACCCGUAUCGAAUUCGAAUGACUCGUCAUCGACAACUACUACAACAACAGCUAAACCAUCGCUUGUAUCAAAUAAUACAACAGCAACAGUAUUUGGUGGCACAUCAGUAGUACCUCAAGCUUCCGAUAGUCUCGUUGCAGCACCAUCAACAACAUCAGCAGCAAGCAACAACAACGCCAAUAAAGCAUCCACCGUAUCCUUUUCCUCGUCAUCAUCAAACCAAGCAUUCUCCCGCCCAGACUUUUUAGCCUCAACAUCAUCAUCCUCAACAAACACCCUCGUAACAAACUCGCUCCCACUACGCAUGCGCCGAUCGCGUGCACUCCUCCAACAACAAUCCACAUCAUCAAAUAGACGUGGAAUGUAUGGACGCAACACAAUGAAUUCCGGUGGUAGCCUAAACAGCUCGUAUAGUAAAGGUAUGAUGGGAGGUAUGUCUAUCUCGAAUAAGAGAGGUGGUGGUAAUGGAUACAUGAUGGGGUUGGGUGUUUCACCGUUGGAUCUUGCUGGUAUGUCGUUUGAGGAUGUGCAGGGGGAGAUACUUGUUAGAGUGGAUGAGACGGCAAAGUUAUUGGAGAUGUUGGAAAAGGCUAUGAACUCCUUAUAG